UGCAGUUUCAAUCCAUUUAGACUCAUUGGAGUAGGCUUAACUGUUUGGACUAUUGCAGUUCUUUGUUGUGGAAGUUCCUUUUCCUUUUGGUUUAUCGUCUUAUGUCGCAUGUUCGUUGGUGUAGGUGAAGCUUCUUUCAUCAGUCUUGCAGCUCCGUUUAUAGAUGAUAAUGCUCCUCACAAACAGAAAGCUGUGUGGCUUGGUGUGUUUUACAUGUGUAUACCAAGUGGUGUUGCUUUGGGCUAUGUCUAUGGCAGAGCCGAUAGUGAGUUUCUUCAUGGCCCAGUUAAGACAGAGCGAAGCGAGGGUCGAUGUUGGAAAACAUUUUGUUGGCGCUAUGCGUUGUGGGGAGAAGCUGUAUUAAUGGCUCCAUUUGCUGUUCUUGGUUUCUUGAUGAAACCUAUGCAGUUAAAAGGGUUUCCUUCUACUGAUUCGAUAAAGAUGGCUUCAUGGAUUGGUAAAAACAACAAUCAUCUUCAAGCUGGUGGUAAUGAGAUUGAGGUCUCCAUUGAAACUUACAAGUUAAGUUACAAGAACGCAGUUUCGAAAUCGUUUACUCAGUUUGCAAAAGAUAUGAAAGUUCUAUGUAAAGAAAAGAUCUUUGUUGUUAAUGUCUUGGGUUAUGUAUCAUACAACUUUGUUAUUGGAGCAUACUCAUAUUGGGGACCAAAGGCUGGUUACAACAUUUACAAAAUGGUGAAACAUAACUAUCAUUUGUGGGAUCAUUGGGACAUUAUCAGGAGGGUUUAUACUCGAUCGUGUCACCGCAACAAUUCCAAAUGCUUUCAAGGUGGAAAGAAGAAAAGCUUUUUUCUCUCCUCUUGCUUUCGGAUUUUGAAUCAAAACCUUUUUGAUCAAUACGUAUGUAUGCAGCUUUUAUCCAAAGCAACGUUUCUUGGAGCGAUCUUUUGCUUCACUGCAUUUACCUUAAAGAGUUUAUUCGGUUUCAUCGUUCUCUUUGCCUUAGGAGAGCUUCUUGUGUUUGCUACACAGGCUCCUGUGAACUAUGUGUGUUUGCAUUGUGUGAAACCAAGUUUAAGACCAUUAUCAAUGGCUAUCUCUACAGUUGCGAUUCACAUAUUUGGCGAUGUUCCUUCUUCUCCUCUUGUCGGUAUCGUUCAGGUAAAAAAAGAUCUCUUCUUGUCAUCGCCAAUACUUGAAAAGAGAGAAAACAGAAACCAAAAUGCUCCAUUGUUGUUGUAUAUGCAGGAUCAUAUCAACAGUUGGAGAAAAACAGCAUUGAUUCUUACAUCGGUUCUGUUCUUAGCUGCUACUAUAUGGUAUAUUAUUUUAUAUAGAUUCUACGGUAUAACAUAA